AUGUCAAACAUCGCGCUGGAUAAAGACUGCUUCUUCCGGCGGAUGAAGCGGCUCUAUGCAAACUGGAAGGAUCCGGAAUUCAGUCACGAUGACUCACUGUCAAAGGUGGACUGCAUCCUUACGGCGGUUGGUGUGGACGAGGAAACGUUCUACAGCAAAUCAACAUCUCUUCAAACCUGGCUGUUCGGGUACGAGCUGACCGACACGAUCAGUUUGUUCUGCGACAACGCUAUCCUUUUUCUUACGAGCAAGAAAAAAAUCGAGUUUCUGAAGCAGAUCGAAAAGGAUUCAGACGAUGGAUUGCCACCAAUUCGGCUGCUCAUUCGCGACAAGAAUGACAAAGAUAAAGCAAACUACGAGAAGCUACACGAAGCGAUGAAGGCCUCGAAGGCUGGGAAGACGGUAGGCGUGUUCACGAAGGAUAACUUUCCUGGUGAAUUCUGCGAGAACUGGCGGGCGUUCCUGAAGGACAAGCAUAUGGCCAACGUUGACAUCAGUGUGCCGCUAGGCUACAUUAUGUGCCCAAAGGAAGACCCGGAGCUAGUGACGAUAAAAAAAGCUUGUCUCGUGACGAUUGAUGUUUUCAACAAGUAUCUGAAGGAUCACAUCAUGGAGAUCAUCGAUGCGGAUAAGAAAGUAAAGCAUGUUAAACUGGCGGAAGGCGUGGAAUCGGCCCUUACGGAUAAGAAGUACGUCACCGGCGUGGAUACCAACCAACUCGACAUGUGCUAUCCGGCCAUCAUCCAAUCCGGUGGAAACUACAGUCUAAAGUUUAGUGCGUUCAGUGACAAAAACUAUUUGCACUUUGGCUCCAUUAUAUGCGCUCUUGGCGCACGGUACAAAUCCUACUGUUCGAAUAUCGUCCGCACGUUGCUGGUCAAUCCGACGGCCACCAUUCAGAAGCACUACAAUUUUUUGCUCAACCUCGAGGAGGAAUUGCUGAAAAAUCUCGUCCCAGGCAAACGACUCUCAGACGUGUACGAUGUAGGGCUUGAGUACGCCAAAAAGGAGGAACCGAAGCUGGUCGACAAGCUGACGAAAACGUUUGGCUUCGCGACGGGACUCGAGUUCCGCGAGAACUCCAUGACGAUCGGACCGAAGAGCGUUGCCGUGCUUAAGAAGGGCAUGGUGUUCAGCUUGAACGUCGGUCUGGCGGGGCUGGAAAAUUCUGAGGCGUCGGACAAAGAAUCGAAGAUGUACGCGCUGUUCGUCGGCGAUACGGUGUUGGUUACGGAGGAGUCGCAGGCGACUGUACUGACCCAGUCGAAGAAAAAGAUUAAAAAUAUCGGCAUCUUCCUGAAGGACGACGACGAAGAUGAUGAAGAAGAGGAGGAAAAGGACACCGAGCAGGCGCCGGAAAUUUUGGGUCGCAGUGGCAAGCGCACGACGGUGCUGGAGAGCAAACUGCGAAACGAACAGAGCUCAGAAGAAAAGCGAAAGCAGCACCAGAAGGAGCUAGCCGUGGCAUUGAAUGAGAAAGCAAAGGAGCGGUUAGCGAAACAGGCGGGUGGAAAAGAGGCGGAAAAAGUACGCAAAUCGACAGUGUCGUACAAAAGCGUUAAUCAGAUGCCCCGCGAACCGGAAGUGAAAGAGCUGAAGCUGUAUGUUGAUCGAAAAUACGAAACGGUCAUAAUGCCCAUCUUCGGUGUUCCGGUACCGUUCCACAUCUCGACCAUCAAGAACAUUUCCCAGUCCGUAGAGGGUGAUUACACGUACUUGCGAAUCAAUUUCUUCCAUCCGGGUGCAACGAUGGGUCGAAAUGAGUCCGGCAUGUAUCCCAACCCGGAUGCGACAUUUGUAAAGGAGGUUACCUAUCGCUCAACAAACACGAAGGAACCGGGCGAGAUUGCGGCCCCUUCGUCUAAUCUCAACACGGCGUUCCGGCUAAUUAAAGAGGUCCAGAAGCGAUUCAAAACACGCGAGGCAGAAGAACGCGAAAAGGAAGAUCUGGUCAAGCAGGAUACGCUGGUAAUGUCCCAGAACAAGGGCAACCCCAAGCUGAAGGAUCUCUACAUACGGCCCAACAUCGUCAGCAAGCGCAUGACUGGAUCGCUCGAGGCGCACGUGAACGGCUUCCGUUACACGUCCGUUCGUGGCGACAAGGUGGACAUUCUGUACAACAACAUCAAGAGUGCGUUCUUUCAACCGUGCGACGGUGAAAUGAUCAUUCUGCUGCACUUCCACCUGAAGCACGCCAUCAUGUUCGGCAAAAAGAAGCACCUGGACGUACAGUUCUACACCGAGGUGGGAGAAAUUACAACCGAUCUCGGUAAGCACCAGCACAUGCACGACCGGGACGAUCUGGCGGCCGAGCAAGCGGAGCGAGAGCUGCGACACAAAUUAAAGACAGCCUUCAAGAGCUUCUGCGAGAAGGUGGAAAUGAUGACGAAACAACAGAUCGAGUUCGAUACGCCAUUCCGGGAGCUGGGCUUCCCGGGGGCACCGUUCCGCAGCACAGUAUUACUGCAACCGACGUCCGGUAGCUUGGUGAACCUCACCGAGUGGCCUCCGUUCGUCAUCACGCUGGAGGACGUGGAGUUGGUGCACUUCGAGCGUGUCCAGUUUCAUUUGCGAAAUUUCGAUAUGAUUUUUGUGUUUAAAAAUUAUCAGCAAAAGAUCGCGAUGGUUAACGCUAUACCGAUGAAUUUGUUGGACCACGUCAAGGAAUGGUUGAACUCGUGCGAUAUUCGUUACUCUGAAGGCAUACAGUCGUUGAACUGGGCGAAGAUCAUGAAAACUAUCACAGACGAUCCGGAGGGAUUCUUCGACAGUGGUGGCUGGACAUUCCUGGAUCCAGAAUCGGAAGGCGAGGCCGAAGCAAACAGUGAAACGGAGGACGAGGAAGAUGACGCGUAUGAACCGACCGAUGAUGAUGACGAGGAAGAAUCGGAUUCAGAGGAUUACUCUGAGGCAUCGGAAGACGAUGAUAGUGGAAGCGAAGAAGAUCUCGGUUCGGAUGAAGAAUCAGGAAAGGAUUGGUCAGAUUUGGAGCGAGAAGCGGCGGAAGAGGAUCGUAAUCGAGAAAACAAUGAUUACGAUGAUCGCAACGCGUCCAAAAAACGAUCCCAUCACAGACGAGAUCGAGGUGUAGCCUCGCCGAAGAAACGACACGAACAUCAUCGCAGCUCCUCUAAACACGGCAGUAGUCGAGACAAAAAUCACAAGGAUAAACAUAACGACAAACAUCGCAGCGGGGGCAGCAGCGGCAAGCACGAUCGGCACAGCAGCAACCACAAGCGCUCUCGAGAUGAUAGUCGGGAGAGCGGUCAUCACCAUAAGAGCAAGAAAUCUAGAAAGUAAAGCGUAUUCUACUUUCCAGCUCGAGAAAGUAUACGAUCGAUUAUGUACAUCCUAAACUUUCCUACUUGUUGAUAAAAUAUCCUGCGAUAGGUUCAAGGUUUUUACUGAUAACGAUAAUAUUCCGUUAGUGCUGCUGUCUUCACUCUGAAAAAGGCGCUGUUGCGCAUAGAGUAUGGGAGAAGGAUGCUACCGAACGAAACUCCAUAAAAUCCAAUCGUUUUGCAUGGUUUCACGAUCGCGCAGUUUGCGUGGACCGUGCAUCUCUAGUUUUGAUUUAGUUUUCUUCUGUGCAGCUCUUAACCGAGCAUUAUUUUUGGGUACAUAUGCUGGCAAAUCCUUGUGCUAUCUGUUCCGCGCUGUGCCGUAUCCUUGAUUUGUUCGAACGGCCCCGGGAAUUUGUUUCGGAGAUUACACGCGUAAUAUUAAAAAUUUAAAAUUGCAUUGGAAAGCAAAUCAAACCCAUCCUACCAAUAUGAAAUCCAUGAACGUAAAGUAGAAUAUAUAUAUGAUAUAAAUAUACAUCAAUUCUUACAGAUAGCGAGUAAUUGUACAUGGUUUAAAUGUAGACACCGAAAACGUAUCGAGUUUUUAGCUUGAAUAUCGCAACAUCACAUUCUGAUCCCUUGUCAACCAGGAAGGUGUUGUAUACCGGAUUCGUUUAUAACGUGGAAGAGUUGUAGAAUACCUGUAGUUGUGAUUUACGGGUUCGGUGAAGUUUGAAAUCCAAGGUAGAGUAUUUUAAUAUUUAUUCACAUCAGACUAGAUUCAAGUAUGUCUAUAGACGUAGAGGAGAUUUUAGGAACGUUCUCGAUUGCUUACAUGUUAAUAAAGUAUUCAUUAAAUUGGCAUAUUUUUAAUUAUAUCGUGUAUUGUUGGCUUUUCAAUGGCUUCAUAGCUCAAACAGCUGUAAUGCACGAUUUCACCUACGAACCAGCACGUUGCCAUAUGUGAUACAUGUAGAUUUACUGUACAUAUUGCAGGUUUG